GGGGAUUAAUUUGAUUCUCCAAAACGAGUCUCUCUUCAAAAACGAAAGAAAAUUGUUGUAAAUGUAUCUUUUUCUGGUUUUUUUUUUUUGAAAAAUAUAUCUUCUUCUGAGUUUCAACGUCUUUGUUGAAACACAAAAUUGUCUCAAACAUUUAUAUCUCUUCUCUGAGGUUUAGUUAAUUUUUUUUUGUCUUCUUCUUCUUCUUCUUCUUCUCAAUUUAUCGAUAGUUGUAAGAAUGAAUAUAACAAGUUUUAUUUAUUUUUUAUCUUGUUUAGGAUUAUGGAUUUCAUGGAUUCAGAGACACAACCUCCAGAUGAUUCACCGCAUUUAGAAACAAGUUUCAAUGCGCCUCCUCCACUUGCUCCAGAAUGUAAAAGCUUCAAGUGGAAAAUACAAGUGAUAGGUAAUAAAUAUAAUCUAAACUGAUCACUACUUUUAAUAUUAAUAGAAUUUUUUUUUCAAAGAAAUUGUUAAUUAGACAUUUAGUCAACAAGGUAUACACGCAUGAUUUUAUAUUUCUCUUUCAUUUGGUAUCUUAUUAUUUUAUUGAACAUAUUAGAUGGUGGAAACUUGUAAGCCAUAUUUUUCUCUGCAUGACUCUAUCUUAUUGUCUUCUCACUAGACUUAGUUUUAUAUUAUGUACUAAUUUAUUUUUAUCGUCUAUGUGAUGUGUUUAUCAAUAAGAUUCUGAGGGCAGUGUAGAAGGCAAAAUGGUGACAUCUAAAGAUGUAUGGAAACUUCAGAGCAGUAAAGUGAUCGUGCAUUUUGAUGAAAAUAGCGGUCAACCAAUUGGGGAUUCUGGUGGUUUACUCGGAUCAUGGUUAGGUCAAUUAAGCAAUGAUGUGAAUUUGCUACCUAUCAAUUACAGUGAUUGGAGGAUGGUCAAUAUUCACACUAAAAGAAAAGUGUGGGAUGUUAUUCAGGUAGUUUCUGCCAUCAUUUCAUCUCUAUAUAUUUUCUUGAUCAAGUAAUGUUUUGUGAUAUAUGUAUUAUUUUAAUGAAUUGUUGGGUAUUGUUUUUUUCAGUCCAAAUUCUGGUUUGAUGAUCCAACGAUGAGAAAAGGAUAUGUGAUGAGUGCAUUGGGAAGCAGAUGCAAAGAUGUCAAACUACGUCUUUGGAAAGAACACAAACGAAAUGAUCAACUUCAAACAUUGCAGAAUCGACCCAAUAAUGUUCCUGAAGAACAAUGGGAGCAUUUUGUGCACAUGAGAUUUACUGAAAAAUGGAAGAAAAUGCAAGAGAGGAAUACAAAGAACCAAAAAAAACAUACUAUGCCUCAUGUAUGUGGAAGAAAGAGUUUCUCGAGAAAAAGAAAUGAUAUAACAAUCAGAACCGGAAAAACUCCAUGUCGAGCAGAGUUUUUUAUUGAGACGCGCACGAAACCUGAUGGAAGCUUUGUAUGUGAAGAGGCAAAAACACGAGCGGAAGCGCUUACAACUUUGUUGAAUCAAAAUUCUCAUGGCACAAGCAAUGUUGCAGCCACACUGGAUGAUGAAUUUGCUCAAGUUUUUGGUCCGGAGCGUCCAGGACGAGUACGUUGUGUUGGUCGAGGACCUACACCAUCAAAAUUGGUGAGACGUUGUACUGCAACUAGACAAGAGGUGGACAAUUCUGAAAUGGUCGUUGGGUUGCAGACACAAGUGAAAGAACUAUCAAAUCAAGUUAAGGGAAUGAGUACUUUCAUCCAACAAAUAAUUGGUACUUCAACCGGUGAACAGGCAAGAGCAUGGGCUGCAAGUUUUGCAGUAGCUUUUGCUAACAUACCAAACCCACCUUUCGCAAACAUACCGACUCCAUCUAAUCCUAAUCAGGUAAAUAGUAUGUUUAAGUUUAAAGAAAAAGAUUGUAUGAUACAUAACAAUUUAUAUUAUUUUAUUUCAGGAAAUGCAAUGAUGCAGGUGUCCAUGGAUAUUCAAAUGUUGGAAACUAUGCUGGUGAUCAUCAUUAACAUUAGUUUAGCAACAUUUUUCUACAAUGUUUGUUUAAUUUAUUUCUGUUUUGUGAAUUUGUAUUAUGGAUGAAUAUGUAAUUCAGAUGCUUGUAGAUUAAUUAGUAAUUCAGAUUUGUGUUUUUCU